CCAAUUGUCAGUCAGCUCUCCGCAGCAUCAGCACCAGCACCAGGCGCAUCACAGCAAGGUCUGCAGUCGAGCUGUUUUCCUAGCUUCUCGCAUCGACAACACAUCGUCCCGAUAGCGAUGGACACCUCCGGUAAAGAGAAAGAGGCCAUCCAGCUAAUGGCGGAGGCUGACAAGAAGGUCAAGUCGUCCGGGUCGUUCCUCGGUGGCAUGUUUGGAGGGAAUCACAAGGUGGAGGACGCGUGCGAGAUGUAUGCCAGAGCAGCCAACAUGUUCAAGAUGGCCAAGAAUUGGAAUGCUGCAGGGAAUGCUUUCUGCCAGGCUGCAAGGCUCCACAUGCAGCAGCAGAAUAAACUGGACUCGGCCACCAGCUUCGUUGACGCUGGCAACGCCUACAAAAAGGCCGAUCCUCAGGAGGCAAUCAACUGCCUAAAUGCAGCCAUUGAUAUCUACACUGAUAUGGGCAGGUUCACCAUCGCAGCCAAACACCACAUCACCAUCGCUGAGGUGUACGAGUCUGAGCUGGUGGAUAUAGAAAAGGCGAUCGCCCACUACGAGCAGGCUGCAGACUAUUAUAAGGGGGAGGAGUCUAACAGUUCUGCCAAUAAGUGUCUGCUGAAAGUCGGCCAUUACAGUGCCCAGCUGGAGCAGUAUCAAAAAGCCAUUGAAAUCUACGAACAGGUUGCCACUAAUACCAUGGAUAACCCACUGUUGAAGUACAAUGCGAAGGAGUAUUUCUUCAAAGCUUCUCUGUGUCACUUCAUCGUAGACGAGCUCAACGCUAAGCUGGCCAUAGAGAAGUAUGAGGAGAUGUUUCCUGCGUUCGCGGACUCCAGAGAGUGCAAGCUGUUGAAGAAACUUCUGGAUGCUCACGAGGAGCAGAACUGCGAGGCGUUCACGGAGGCUGUGAAGGAGUUUGACUCUGUGUCUCGUCUGGACCAAUGGCUGACCACCAUGCUGCUGCGCAUUAAGAAGACCAUUCAGGGAGAUGCUGGGGACCUCAAGUAGGGAGGGAGGGAGAGAAGGAGAGAGAACAAGAGAGGAGUCAUGAGAGGGAGGGAGAGUGGGUUAGAGCAGGGGGUGGGAUAAGGUUUGUGUGUCGUCGUCAGUGUAAAUAUACUGUUCACUUCUAACACUCUGCAUGUAACACUCACAACCUUUCCCAGACCCUCCCUGGAACAUUGGCCCAUCCUUCUUACAUCCUUCCUACAUCCUUCCUACAUCCUUCCUACAUCCUUCCUACAUCUUUCCUACAUCUUUCCUACAUCCUUCCUACAACCUUCUUGUAAUAUUUCUGCAUUCUCUUAACAUUCUUCCUACAAUCUCUCCACUGUCUUUACAAUGACACUUUUUGGUUCUUGUUUCAAAGUAUAAGUGUUGGCCUGUACAGAUUGAUUGAUUGAUUGAGUGUGUGUGUGCGCGCGGGUGUAUGAGUGAGACAGAGAGAGGAAAUGAAAGGGGGGGGGGGUGUUGUUGUGGUAUUAUAAUAGUAUAACGUUAUGAGAUAUAUAUAUAGGACUAUGUUAAGGUCCAGUGUUAAACUCGUGUCAACUUAAUGGUUCUUGUCCAUCCUGUAAUGUGUGAUUACUGUGUGGCCACUAGGGAGCUCUUACACACAGUUGGAGGCGGGGUUGCACCUGAAAGAUCAUUUCUAUAGCAUCCUAAUAUGCAUAUAUACCAUUAUUGACAUGCAUACAUACAUUAUAUAUUAUCACCUUAUCAUACAUAAGCAUUAUUACAGUCAAAUGGUAAAUGUUAUAUCAAGAAGAUAUAGCAAGAUAUAGAAGAUUGAUAUGUCUGAUCUUUUCAGAAAGGUCAGGGUUUCAAGGACACUUAUGGCUGCAGGUGGGGGUUUCUGAUCACAUGGAGAAGGAGGGCAAUAUUAUAUUCUAUUUAAUUAGGUAGCUAGCUAACUGCUGGGCUAAGUAUAACUUAUUAUUAAGUAUAUAGUACUUGACCAAGGUUAACUUCCUCCAAGCCUCCAGGUCGCUUGGCGACUACCCUAGUGGCUGACUGCUGUCUAUGUGCUGUGCUGUCUGUGCAUGUUGUCAUGGUGACAUAUGUGGUGUUGUAAAACAGCGAGGGUCCAUCCCCAAUCCCUGGACCCAGAGUUGUAGAGUCAUCCAGGUAUCACACGUUUGUAUGGUGUAUCAUGUGCUGAAACGAUGUACAUUAAUAAAAUAUCUCCACACUUGA